GCUCGAGCUGGGGACCGGUAAGCGCGCGAUGGCUGGGAAGCCGUAACGCCAUCACUGACAAUAACGGCAGCCAGAAGGCGACCGAGCCGCCUCCCGUCAAUUCAUGAGGUCUUUUGCAUCUUGUGCAUUUCUGUGGAAAAGACAAUAGAUGUCAAAAUGAUAAUAUCUCAAAACAAGAUUCAUACUUCUGCCUCCUGAGGUUCACACUUAAGGAAAGAUCUCAUGGUAUUCAAUAUGACAUCAAGAGCUGCAAUGAAACCUUAUUAAAAUGAGAGAACCUGAACAUUGAAGCUGAAAAGCCGUACAAACCUGUACAGGAGUGAAACUAUCCAAUAUGCGCAUCAGCACGAGAAGAAUCGUUCUACUUACUUGCUGUGCUGUUGCUACUAUGAUGGUGUUUCACAUGGGCCAGCACAUGUGGGAAUGCCAGCAAAUAUUGAAUCAGAAUGGGGGCUGGUUCAAUGGCAGACGAACGCAUAGUAUGAUGAAACCAGAAAAGGAUGAAUUGGUCAUGUAUAACUCAAAAAACAUUGAAUAUCGCUACAGUAAAAAUAUGCCUCUAAUCUUCAUAGGUGGAGUGCCCCGAAGUGGGACAACAUUAAUGAGAGCCAUGAUGGAUGCACAUCCAGAAAUACGCUGCGGUGAAGAAACUCGGAUCAUUCCACGUGUGCUGGCCAUGCGUCAGGUGUGGUCUAAAUCAGAACGUGAAAAGAUGCGCUUGAAUGAGGCAGGAGUGACAGACCAUGUCCUAGACGCGGCAUUGCAAGCAUUUAUUUUAGAAGUAAUUGCAAAACAUGGUGAACCAGCAAAAUACUUGUGCAAUAAGGACCCUUUCACCUUAAAGUCUUUAAAUUAUCUGUCCAAACUGUUUUCACAAUCUAAAUUUAUUCUGAUGAUACGAGAUGGCCGGGCAUCGGUGCAUUCCAUGAUUACAAGAAAAGUGACGAUUGCUGGAUUUGACCUUAACAGCUACAGGGAUUGUAUAAUCAAAUGGAAUAAAGCUAUUGAAAUUAUGUAUGGACAGUGUAUGGAGGUGGGACCCUCCAGGUGCCUCUCUGUUUAUUAUGAGCAGCUAGUAUUGCAUCCCAGAAAAACUAUGGAAGAGAUCAUGACAUUUCUGAAUAUUCCAUGGAAUGAUGCUGUUUUGCAUCAUGAAGAACUAAUAGGAAAAUCAGGAGGAGUCUCGCUUUCAAAAAUUGAACGAUCCACUGACCAGGUUAUCAAGCCAGUUAAUCUCGAGGCCUUGACCAAAUGGGUGGGACAUAUUCCAAAUAGUGUGGUUGAAGACAUGGCGCGGAUAGCACCUAUGUUGGCCAAGCUGGGAUAUGAUCCCAAUGCCAACCCACCAAAUUAUGGGAAUCCUGAUGCACUUGUUGUAAAUAACACCAAAAGGGUCUUGCAAGGUGACUUUAAAACACCUGUCAAUUUAAAAGGACCUUCUCCGGUAAAGCUGAAUGUUACAGCAACUGGAUUUCGGUAGCAACAAAACAGUGGAUAAUGACAAAGGGAAUCGGAUUGUCUGGAAGACACAAUAGAAAAUGAAGAAAUUACUGGAAAUAUAAACUGGAAGCAUAAACACCUGCUGAGAGAACUUCGUAUCUGUACAUACUGUAGAGUUUUGAUGGAAGGAAUGUAUCUGUGACCAUCUUGCUGAAUUUUGACUAUUUGUGAAGAAAGCUAAUUUAAUGAUGCUUUCUUCUCCAAAACUAAAGUUCGCUAAAUAUUUCCAAGAUGAAGUCAUUAAUGUAAAGAUCUGUGUUCAUGUUGUAAGUGAUGUUGCAUCAUUCGUUUUCUGUGAUGGCUGUUUUGUUUUAAUUUGGCCAUGCUUUCUUCUUCAUGCGUAUAUUGAUCAUCAUGACAUGAGCAGUGCGUUAAGCUGCUGUAUUAUUUCCUAUCACCACUAUGACAAUCUAGAAUGUGUAAUCCUGUUGGUUUUUCUCUUACAAACUAUUUAUAAUAAUGGAUGCUGAGUGUACUUGAUCAAUUAGUAUUACUCAAUUUCCAAGUUAAAACUGGCAAUUUCCCCAGAAAAUAAUCAAUGUCGAAGUGAAAUUCAAGCAAGGAGUUCAGAUAACCGUUUUUAUUAAUAGCUAAACCCUUAACAUAGCAUACUAAAAACAGAAAAUGCUGGAAGUACUCAGUAGGUUGCACCUGUAUAGAGAAUAAUAAUUCUGAAAUUCACACCAGUUCAGUUUUAUUAUGUUAAAAAUGUUGGUUUUGUUUUUAAAGACCUUCAAGCCAAGUUUUUUUGUUUUUGUUUUAUUUUUGAUGCCAUGGCUGGCUGUGCAGUACAGUUUUGCUUUGGGUGACCAGUGUAAUAAAAUGUCAGAAGAAUCUGAGCUGAAGGUGACUUAAAUCUGCAUCCAUGUGAAGUCUGAUAGAAAGCAUCCACCUCGAACUUUAAGUAAAUAGCAUUGAAAGAAGCUGGGUCCUUAAAUGUUAUAAAUGCAUUCGCUGAAGUAGUGCCAGGUGACACAGGAUAGUUCAUAAUACUGUGACGUAUUCUCUAUAACUUCCAGAUCUUCAGUUGUAAAUUGCACAAAACUUCAGUCAUCUGCAUAUCAUAACUUUGAUUAUGUUGCCAAAAGAAAACCUGGGGAAAUCAUUCCCUAUCCAGUUAUUCUGUUGCUUUGUUAAUGUUCUUUAUCCAACUUUCACUAGCAAAUAGUAUUAGGUGGCCACCCCUGCUCAAUCUUGCCUUUCAAAAUGGAGGUAUGAUAACUUCGUGUUAGAUUUUAAAAUAAAAUCUUUCUGUUCUGACCAGAUUCUGAUAAUUCCUGGAAGAUAAAGAAAAUUUAGGUAAGGUUUACUGUUCAAUAUUUUCUUUAUCUAAAGAAAUGUCAUUUGGCAUAAUACCAAGUGAAUUCUAAUUUACAUAAAAUACAUCUUGCACAAGAGCAGAUCAUUCGGUCUGAUAGUCUGUGGUGACAUUUAUAUUUCACAUAAGCCUCUUUCUAGUUUUUUUUUUCAGCUUUUCACCUCUCUCUUCUCCCACCUAUUUGUCUAGUUUGUUUUGUUUGGAAAAUGUCUAUGUAGUGGCAUGCUGCACACUCUAACCAUUUUGAAUGCAUGAAUAUUUCUUUAUUUCCUGAGAGGAUUUAUUUGUAAUCGUCUUGAAUUUUUGGCCCCUAUUUUUGCAUUGUUCAAAAGCCUAAACAUGGAAAAUCUUUUUAUUGUUUCUGACAGGGAAAAAAAGCAUUCAGUCUUUCCCUUUAGUUAGAAUCAAUUUUUGGUCCCAUCCUCAAACCAUUUUUGUACUUUUUUCCAGUACUUUUAUGUCUAUUUCAUAGUGUGAAGAUUAAAAAAUGAGCUUUAUGGCGGCAUGACCAGAGUCCUGUAUAGGUUUAACAUAAUUCACUGUUUUAAUUGCUUUGCUGACAUGCUUUAUUGAUUUAUUUCACCUGCGUCGUUGGAGCUCGUCGGUCUUCUACCACUUCUUUUUUGAUAAGGUGUAGAACUUGUUUGUAUUCUCCCUACCAAGGGGUAUCACCUCACUUAUUUAUUUAACGUUCAUUUGCUACCCCCCUGCCCAAUCAGCAAGUGUCUAAAAACAUAUUGUGCUGUGUUCUUCCUCAGCUUUUAACUGUACACCAAUUUCAUAUCAUUGUGAAACUUUGAUUAUUGAGUAACUUGUGAUUGAGUCCAAGCAUUCACUGAGUUACGACUAACAAUGGUCUCCGGGGACACUGCUUUCAUAUUUCUUCCAUGUGAAUAACUAUUCUUUAGCACUACCGUCUGCUUGCUUGUUUUUAAGAUUUGCUUAUUCAUCCAGCUAUUUGUCUUGACUCGGUGUGCCCAACAAUUGUCAUAGGCCUUCUGUUAAGUACCUUAAUUAAACAGUUAGCCUUCAUUUCUCACUAAAAGUAAAUAUUUCUAUUAUUGCUGAUAAACUAAAUGGGUUGAUCUCUUAAGAUAUCAUCCUUCUUUUAAAUGUGUAAUUUUCAUCUAUAAGUACAAGACACAGUUUAAAAAAAAAAAAAAAAUGUUUUAACUACAUUGCUUACCACUUAAAUUGAAAGAAACAAAAGCUUCCUCUUCAGGAUUAGAGCUUCUAUCUUCAGUUACUGAAUUGCACAGCAUUUGCCAAUUAUUAGAUGAAUCCGUUUAAGAUGUUGACUAAACUCCCAAAAUUACGUAAUGUGUGGUUGCCUUUUGCUUUCUUCAUCUGUUGGAUUUCUUUUGAUGUUUUUUAAAAUGAAGAAGUGUUCAGAGUUGCUAGUGAAUUAGACUCUGGUCUUCCACCUGUCAAUUGAGUUUUAGUCUCACCAGUGUCCUCUGCCUCUUAGUUACAGGGAAAGAGUACGUUUAUCCCAGCAAUCUUAAGUCAGUUCUUAAUGGACACAAAUCAUGGCAUAAAACUCCUGAAUUGCCAUUACAUUCGUAUUCUUGCUGGGGGCUUUAAGAGUGUUACGAUGGAAUGAAGAAAACUUUAGACAGGAAGCAGUAUUCUAAAGUUGCUACUGGGGCAUGUUUUGGAGUAGAGUGGAAAAAAAAUUAUUUGCUGCAGCUAAUCCAUGUUGAAUCCAGUCUAGAAAUGUUUAAUGUUGCCAUUGAUUUUUAAAUGCCAAACAAAGCCUUUUUGCUCACCAACAUUUAACCUUCCUCCUGAGGAAGGGUCACUGGUCCCGAAACGUUAACUCUGUUUUUUCCUUCACGGAUGCUGCCAGACCUGCUGAGCUUCUUCCAGCAACUUUGUUCUUGUCCCUGUGUUUAAUAUUCCUCUCUGGAUUAGCGCAAAAUUUACAGAAAGAUUUGGGGGAAAAAAACUCUCUUGCUAGUUCAAGUCUUAAUCUUCAUGGCUGUUAGCAUUUCAUUAUGAUGACGAAAUCAAUAGGAAUAUCUUUUAGAACAAGAUAUUUGCAUUAGUUGUCAUAUCUGCUAUUCUCCAUCCUAGUGCCAUCUCUGCUAUACGAAAAGACAUGAGGGGAUAUGCUCUUUACAAAGAUUUAACAGCAGUGUUACCUGUCAAUGAAUGGAAGUCCUCAAUUUUUUUGCUACAUUUUGUUUGGCACUGAAUUUGCUCCAAGUGCAGAGUUGACUGAAGAGCUCUUAAGGAUCAAGAUAGGUUUGAUUAAAGCCAUUCACUUUUUUAAAAAAUUUCCUCUGAGAUCAAAAUGAGCUUUAAAAUGCAAAUUGAUAUUGGAAAUGCCAUUUGUGUGCCUGCCACUCUAACUUCAUAAUUUGUCCUUUUAUCCUCUGUUCUAACUGCACAUUUUUAGAAUUUAGUGCAAAAGCACUAAAAACAGUUUAGAGGAACAACAAGAAAAAAUUUAAGAAGCUGGUAAUUUUAGUUUGUUGAAUAUCGUGUAUAUUUUUAUUUGUGCAGACAUAUGGAAAGGACGGGGUGGAGGUGGUUGCAUUGCUCUGCAGAAAUCUUUUCCUCCUAGAGCUCCAGCUCAUUUUUGUUCAUCACCCUUCAAAGAACAUUUUGAUUUCCUUCCACGAGUUCUGUACUCUGUGCUGAUGCAUAUUGUCGUCUUUUUUUCUCCCUGGCAACACCUGAAAUCUUCAGGACAAUAAGAAUUUAAUUAGAUGGUUGGAUUCAUCCCAGCUGCAUCUGUUCCCUAGUUGACAAAGCUAGCCAAUCAAAGACCAGUGAUCAAACAUUAGAAUUUAUAGUGUGGUUUGAUACCAGAUUGGUGCUUAUACCAAUGGGAAUAACUUGUCUAUUGUCCUCAUUACUCACUGUUACACCUUACUGGGAUAGCACACCAAAAAAUGAGCUCUUCAAUUUGCAAAGUUGACACAAAACUUAAAGUUUUAUAAGUAUGCAAAGGUUCCCAAUUUACCUGACUAUCAGAUCCAGAUUGACAAAGCACGAACCAAGUUUCUGUACUUAACAAGAAUCACUACUUAUUACAAAUAAUUGGACUCUAGCUACAGGUAAACAAUUAUAAGCUGUCUGCCUGUAACUACUAAUUAAAACGCUGACAUACAGACAGACAUGGGGCAGGGCAGUGGGGAAAUAUCAUGGGUGUUAUGUCAGAGGGAAAUACUGGGGAGGUAAUUCAGCCUUCUUUGUUCCCAGCGUUUUCUGAGAAAAUUCUUUUGCUGAUCAGUGCUGAUUUGUGAUUCAGCUUCUGUAGAUGUUUUCACUUGUUAGCGGUGUACACAGGAUGACACUUCACACUGGUAAAGGUCUCUAUUAAUUAGAAGUCACCGUUUACAGCAACAGCUGAAGGAAAAAUUAACUGACUUUCUUUACACUUAAAGCCAUUCCUUCUGCAGAGAACAAACAUGGCCCCCGCGCUUGCAGCGAUCCAUGGCUUCUCACAAUGUUCACAGCCCAAAAUUGUUCAGCAAUGUGGGAGCCAAUCAUGUAGUGGCAGCAGGCAGAAGCUGCUUCUCAUCAAUGUUCUGUGGACUCAAUCACAUUUUUGGGUUGGCAAGAUGUAAUUAGUGAGGAGCCACAGGGUUCAGUCUUCAUGCCCCAACUAUUUACAAUCUAAUGACUUGGCUGCAGGAAUAGAAAGUACAAUAACCAAAUAAGCAGAUGGUGCUAAAAUAAAGGGGAAAGUAAGUUGCAAUGAAGAAGUAAGAAAUUUACAAAUGAAUACAGCCAAGUUAAGUGAAUGGCCAAAAUUUGGCAGACGCUUGACAUGGGUAAGUGUGAGAUUAUCCAUUUUGGUAAACAGAAUAGAAAGUUAGCUUAGUACCUAAAUGGAGAAAACUUCAGAGUGCUUUAGUGCAGAGGGGUCUGGGUGUCUUCGUGCGUGAAUUGCAGAAAGCUAAUAUGCAGGUACAGCAGGUAAACAGGAAGGCAAAUGGAAUGUUGGUAUAUAUUGCUAAAGGAAUAGAAUACAAAAGUAGGCAAGUCUUGCUGCAACUGUAUAAGACAUUAAUGAAUCACUUGGGGGAUUUAGUUGCAUUGGAGGCAGUUCAGAGGAGGUUCACUGAUUCCAGAGAUAAGGGUUUUGCCCUAUGAGAGGAGAUCUAAUUGAGGAACGUAAGAUGUUAAAGGGAAUUAACAAAGUUGGUGUAGAGAGGAUGUUUCUUCAACUGGCAUAAUCUAGAAUGAGAGAUCAUUAGUUUUAGGAUAGCAAUAGCAGAUUUAAAAUGGAGAUUAGAACUUAAUUCUCUCAAAGGGUUGUGAAUCUGUGGAAAUCACUACCCCAAAGUGCAGUGGUUGCUGAGACGUUGAGUAAAUUUAAGGAGGAGAUUUGAUUAUUUAUUAGUAAUGGCUUGAAGGGUUGUGGAGACCAGACAAAGUGGUGUUGAGGCUGAAGUGUGAUCACCCAUGAUUGUAUCAAAUGGUGGAGCAGGUUUGAGGGACUCAAUUGUCUACUAAUGCUAGUUCUUAUGUUCUUUUAAUGAAAGAAUUUCUUCUAUUCCAUCCAAAGUGAAGGAGUUGGAAAGUGGGGAGAAUUUUAAUCAUGUGUAAUAUAUUAGUAAGAACUUUAUAUCUUGUACUUUGACACCAGAAGUUACUCAAAUAAGAGGUUUGAUUUCUAUAAUUGCUUUGGAAAUGGCAUAGAAUCUUAGCUGCACACAGUUGCUUUAAUAACAUGUAUUAUAUUGUACUUAUUCCAGUCAAAUUAGAGACAGCAAAUGAAGGGAGAAAGAAAUAAUUUGGUAACAGACAAGGUGGUACUUUAAUCAUUUUUGAUUUUAGCUCAAAUUUCAGUAGUGUAAAAAUGAGGAGAGAUUUCUACUGAGUAAAGUUUGUUUGUUUGUUAUUUUGAAAUAGUCUACUUGUCUGUACCUCUCCUUGCCAUUACAUAGAUUCAAUCACCAAAAAAGUUAAUUGGGAACACGAAACCAUUCAUACAUGUGCUGUGUUGCCCUAUGGUUCUAAUAAUUAUUGCUCUUGAUAGCUUAUGGAAAAGACCAAAUUGAUUGUUAGAUUUUUAAAUGUGGGCUGAAUGUCAGCAAUUUUUGUUUUUUGUUUUUUUGUUUUGGCCUUCAUGGUCUUUCAUGCUACCAAUAAGUAGGUCAGGCAUUCCUCUCCUUAUCCACCAUUUGUCAUGAAGCAUCCCCAAUUCAAUAUACUCCCAACUUCAGUUGAGCAUUGAUUGAUUCGUCCUCUCGUCCUCUCGUCCCACUGCUAAAGCUAACAGCAAUCACGUGUACUUUACUGGCAUGCUGUGAUUUACAAUUUCCAGUUUACAGUUACAUUAAAAACUAAUUUAAUUACAAAUGAUAGAAAAUUUGUAGUGAUUGCAGUAUAAACCAGAGAAGCUGCUAAGAUUUUUAAGUUUUUUUUUUUAAGAAAAAAGGUCAGAUUCACUGAAUUCCCUUCAGAAAACUACAUAAAUUUCAAAUAAUUUAAAAAGAAAUUAUCUCUUAAAGGAGAUAAACUAAAUCAAGCAGAGCAACUACCUCAGACCAAUUAGAUGCAUAAAGAAGUUAGUCAGGCAUCACAGAAACAGACCCUUCGGUUCAAUGACUCCAUGCCAAAUUAUAAUCCCAAACUAAACUAGUCCUAUUUGCCUGUUC